GGGGCGGGGCUCCGGGGCCGCGGGGCGGGCGCGCUCGGGCUCCGCCGCCCAGGCCGGCCCUGGCCCGGCUCGGCGCGCUCACCAUGGCGGGCCCCGCGCCGGGGCGGCGGCUGGUCGCGCUCGCCCUGAUCGUGGCGCUGGCUGCGGGACUCCCCGCAGCCGAGGCCGGGCAGGCGCCGCGUCCCGCCGAACGGGGUCCCCCGGUGCGGCUCUUCACGGAGGAGGAGCUGGCCCGCUACGGCGGGGAGGAGGAAGAUCAGCCCAUCUACAUGGCAGUCAAGGGGGUGGUGUUCGAUGUCACUUCUGGAAAGGAGUUUUAUGGACGAGGAGCCCCCUACAACGCCUUGACCGGGAAGGACUCCACCAGAGGGGUGGCCAAGAUGUCCCUGGACCCUGCAGACCUCACCUAUGACACCGAUAUGGGGAGAAGAAGGCAGGGAGGAGGUAUGAGAGGCCGGGGCCAAGUCCAGUUCAUUCAUUCCCAACCCUGGGUUUCUCGGGCUUUUCUCCCCAAGACGGGCCUCACGGCUGAGGAGCUGGAAUCCCUGGACGACGUCUUCACCAGAGUGUACAAAGCCAAGUACCCGAUUGUCGGCUACACGGCCCGAAGAAUCCUCAAUGAGGAUGGCAGCCCCAACCUGGACUUCAAGCCUGAAGACCAGCCCCACUUUGACAUAAAGGACGAGUUCUGAUCGGCAGGAGCUUGGCCCUGGGAAGGCGAGGCGGGGAGACCCUCCAACACAAGAUCUUCUGCAAAACAGGCAGUCAGAGCUCCGGGUCACCACCGGCUCUGAAUAAAGCACACGUUUCACCUGGAAUGCUGAAUGGCUCUCAUCGCCCUGGGUCAAGUGUUCUGUUCACCCAGGUGCCCUGCCUGCACGCCAGCCACGGAGGUCAUGGGGGCCGAAGGGAGACGCCUCCUAGGUGUCAGCGGGGGCUUCGUGGGCAGUGGAAUUACAGGUGGCCUUCUUCUUUAUAUUGUUCUAUACUUGUCAGAUUUUCUCCUGUGGCCGUGUGUACUUAAAGCACCAAAAUAAACUUCCUGUUUUCACGAAA